UAUCCACAACAACGGUUGGACCAACUUCAAUAGAGUUAUCCACAACAACAGUUGGACCAACGACAGUAAAGUUAUCCACAACAACAGUUGGACCAAUGACAGCAAAGUUAUCCACAACAACAGUUGUACCAACGACAGGAGAAUUAUCUACAAAAACAGUUGAACCUAGAACUGCAGAGUUGUCUACAACAACAGUUGGGUCUACUAUAGAAGAAUUAUCCACAAAAACAGUUGAACCUAGAACUGCAGAGGUAUCUACAAAAACAGUUGGGUCUACUAUAGAAGAAUUAUCCACAACAACAAUUGAACCUAGAACUGCAGAGUUAUCUACAACAACAGUUGGACCUACAACAAGAGCGGGAACUACAGUUGAAACGUUACCUACAACAACAGCAGGAACUACAAUUGAAGAGUUAUCUACAACUACAACGAAAGAGUUAAUCUCAGCUGCAGAUUCACCUUCAACUAUCCUUAGAUCUAACAAAUCUCUACAUCCUACAUCAGAGACAACUUUGGAACGAACAACAGAAACUGCAAUAGAAACGCAAAAAACAGAAAUUCAAGGAAAAGUUUCUAAUUCACCAACAACUACCUCGGCUCAAAUACUCCUCAAAAGUAUGACUCCUAAAAGUUCUUCAUCGACAAGCCCCACUUCUAUGACGCCUAUUGACGUGUUUUUUAAGCUUGCUGAAGAUUUCUACUCUGUAGUUGGAAGCCAACAGAGUGUGUUUACGUCUCACCUUCUCUUUCAACUAGCCAUCGUAAUGAGAUUGCCCUUGUCUUGUUUUUAUUACUUCAACAUCUCCCCAGGAAGUAUCGAUGUAAAAUUUGGACUAAUUCCUUACAACGACAAUGUCACCAUUAUUGAUGAAGCUGGCUUGCAAGAUGCAACAAGCCAACUGAUGCAAAAAAUCAACAGCGGAGAACUGAAAUUAACUGAUUUGAAUGGGAAUCAAUUAACAGUUGUUCAAUUGUCUCCAACUGUCACCACUACUCCAUUGCCAUCAGGUAUUUCCCUGGAUUUCACCCCCAUCAUCCUGGGUAUUCUAAUUGGAGUUUUCAUCUUGAUGGUUGUGCUUAUUAUCAUGACAGCUGUAAUAGUGAAACAGAUGAACAGAGCCACAAGUCGUGUAACACCUCUAGAAGCAAGUAUCAAAAUUUAUUUGUGA